UGCUGCCUUACCCGCUGAGUCACUCCAGCACUUCGUGUGGUUUUUAUCUUGUUGUAAACCAGCACCUGCAGUUCCUUGUGCCUCCUGCCACUUUCUUUGCUUGCCGCUUGCAAAGAGGACUGAUGUGGAAAUUGCCACGUAGGCGGAGUCUGGAGACCUGGAGGCUCGCUCAUUGCUCGGAGAUCCGCUGACGCAAAAUCCAUCGGCACCAAUAAAUACAUUGAGCUGAAGGCGCCAACAGCAGUAAUCGGUGGGAUUUCCAACCGAACUUACGACUUGUCACCUUCUUCCUCCAUUCCCCAAACAGCCGGCUGCAUUGCUAUUUCCCCCUUCGAUCCCCUCCCCUCCCCUCCUCUCCUCUUCCCUUCCUCCCCCAAACAUGCUGCCUUUGCUAGCCGCCACUAUCUUCCUGGUCCUCGGUACCAGCUUCUCGGCUGCCCCCGGCCAGGAUGCCAAGGAGACCCGGUUCAUCUGCACCUCCCUCCCGUUGGACGCGGAUCCCAGCUGCCCUGUGCCACCCAUUCCCAUCCAGGCCGGCUCCCCCUCACACGAGGUGGACCUCCGCGCCACGGUCAUGCAGCUGAGGGAGACCAUCCUACAGCAGAAGGAGACCCUGAGCCACCAGAAGGAGACCGUCAACGAACUGACCGGCAAGCUGAGCAGAUGCGAGAGCGCCCAGAAGGAAGCCAAGACCAAAGGGAGCAGGAGGAAGCCGUUUGACCGGCCGAACGGCAAAGACACAAUGGGCGACCUGCCCAGAGACCACAGCAAGGUGGUCGACCACCUGGGCAGGACCAUCCAGUCUCUCAAGGACAGACUGGGGAGUCUCGAGCAACAGGCACGGCCUGACAUUUCCAACCAGGCGCUCUCUGGCGAUCUCCGUGAGCAGCUUCAGAGGAAGCUGGGGGAGUUGGAAAGUCAGCUCCUCAACAAAGUCUCCGAACUGGAAGAUGAGAAGUACGUGCUCCUGAACGAGACGGCGGCACAUCGUUACAAAACGGAGUCGGUGCUGAAUGCCUUGCACGAGAGGGUCACGGAACUAGAGAAAGAGAGCAGUGCGUUUAAGGCACCUGAUGACUUCAAGGUGUCAUUGCCGUUGCAAACUAACUACCUGUAUGCCAAGAUAAAGAAGAGUCUGCCUGAGAUGUACGCCUUCACCGUGUGUAUGUGGAUACGAUCCCGGUCAUCUGCCGGCAUUGGAACUCCCUUCUCCUACGCAGUGGCCGGGCAAUCAAAUGAAAUUGUCUUCAUCGAGUGGGGAAAGAAUCCAAUAGAACUGCUUAUUAAUGACAAGGUUGCUCCACUGCCCUUGACUAUCAAUGAUGGCAAGUGGCACCACAUCUGCAUAACGUGGACCACCAGAGAUGGCAUGUGGGAGGCUUAUGAGGAUGGCCAAUUGCGUGGCGCGGGAGAGAACCUAGCUCCUUGGCAUCCAAUCAAAGCAGGUGGUGUCCUCAUCCUGGGCCAGGAGCAGGACGCAGUUGGAGGGAGGUUCGAUGCAACUCAAGCCUUCGUCGGGGAACUGAGUCACUUCAACAUCUGGGACCACAUUCUCACGUCCGGCGUCAUCAGGAGUAUAGCCAACUGCUCCGCAAACUUAGCCGGCAACGUCAUUCCCUGGAUUGACAACAAUGUGGACACGUUUGGUGGAGCAAACAAGUUGCCGUUGGAGACCUGCCAGGAACGUUUGGUUAGUUCCUGAACAUCACCAGGCUUCACAUAAGUGCCCCCUUUUUUUGGUCUUGUACAGAUAACGUACUGUGAUAUGGUCAAAAGUGUAACGGUUUCCCAGUCCCAUUUCCACACCUUUUGGAGGGAGCAUUGUUUGUGAUGUUAUGUCUUGAGAUCUCAGUGACACUGUUGACCAGAUGCACUCUCCAUUUUAAUCAGAAGGUCCCAGGUUCAAGAUCUACACCUGAGACCUUAGCCCAAAGUCCAACCUGACUCAACCCCAUGCCGCCCAGAGGUCAGAUGGGUCAUCCUGAGAUCUUGCAGAAACAAAGAACCGCAGAUGCUGGUUUAUACCAAAGAUAAACACAAAGUGCUGGAGUCACUCAGCGGGUCAGGCAGCAUCUCUGGAGAAAGGAUGGGUAACAUUUGGCGUCGGGACUUUCUUCAGACUGCAAGUAGGGGGUGGAGCCUGCUUUCAUUCUGAAGAAGGGUCCUGACCCAAAACGUCAUGCAUCUUUUCUCUCCAGAGAUGCUGCCUGAUCUGCUGAGUUGCUCCAACACUUAGUAUCUAUCCUGAGAUCUUGUCUGCUUCCACUGAUGGUUUUGCAAAAUUCCAUGAAACUGUCUUAAAAAGCAGGGGAGAUCAUCAUUAGUGACCUUUAAUCCUCAACUAACAUCACCACAGACUAAAGUGAUGCUGCCUGUCCCGCUGAGUUACUCCAGCUUUUUGUGUCUAUCUCCACAGACUAAAUCUGGCUUCACAUUUCACUCCUCUCUUUAAUUUUUUGUAUCCUUUUCAUCUCUGACUUUUGCCCACCCACCUUCCAGUCAAACCCCCCCUCACCUGUAUCCACCUAUCACUUCUCAGACUUUGUCCCACCCCACCUCUCCUUUCAGCUUUCCAGCUUUCUCCCGCACUACAAUCAGUCUGAAGAAGGGUCCCUAACCGAUACGUCACCUAGCUAUUCCCACCAGAGACGCUGCCUGACCCGCGGAGUUACUCCAGCACUUUGUGUUUUCUGCAGUACCUCGUGUCUCUAUUAUACAUGUCACCUUGCGCUGUACCAUGUGUUCAGUUGUGGUCACCCUGCUAUUGGAAAGAGGUCAUUUAACUGGAAAGGGUGCAGAGAUGAUUUACGAGGAUGUUGCCAGGACUCGAGGGCUAGCAUCUGUGGUUCCUUGUGUCUUCACUAAAAAGUAGAUGGUCUGCCAUUUCCUGAGUUGCUGUUUAUGAAACCUUGUUGUAUAAUCUGUAUCACCUCUUCCCAUCUGUUACUUCAAACAAAAAAUACAUUCAGUACAUACAUUUCCAAUGCUGGUUCACAGCUGUGAAAGGCAUUACAGAAAUGAGAAUUGUUUCUUGCCAAAGGUCGAGGCUUAUUGUUCUCAUGUGUACUGAGGUACAGUGAAAAGCUUUGUUUUGCAUGCUAUCUGAACAGGUCAGAUAUACCAUGCAUAACUACAAUCCAGUGUAACACAAGUAUAAUAAAGGGGAUAAUACAGAGUUCAGAAUAUAGUUCUCAGCAUUGUAGCGCAUCAGUUCCAGAGACAAAGUCCAAAGUCCGCAAUGUGGUAGUGGUGAAUCGGACAGGACCCUCACUUGUGGAAGGACCGUUCAGAAGCCUGAUAACAGAGGGGAAGAAGCUGUUCCGGAGUCUGGUGGUGUGUGCUUCCAAGUAAAGGCUUUCUAAGCAGGUAUAGCCACAAACAAGAGUUCCAACCUUCACAUGUUGACUGACCUACCAUGAUUGCCAGUUUUGCCGCUGUAUUUCUGUAGCGUUUGUCCUUCCCUGUCUCGGGCAUUCAUCUCUGGAAACAAAUGUGUGUCGAGAAUUUGCUGUUACAAAUUCUGUUACAGACACAGCUUCCAAUGUAGAUCCUCCUAGACAAAUAAAAUAACAUUUUGAUUGUUUCCCUUUUUCUUUGUGGAAAGAGAAGUUCUAUUAUUUCAUUUCAAGGUUUGUGUCACUGACAUCUCCUGAAUAUUAAAUGGAGCACAGAAUAUAAAAUGAUAUUUUUCUUGUGGAAUGACAAUUGAGGUCUCUUUUCACAAGCUUCUUUGAAAGCACUUCUAACUGAUCUAUGGAGAACCAGACUUAAAUGUUUUGCCCUGAGUUGAAAAGGUCUUACUAAGUGAUUUUCCUCAAAUUAGCUUUGCUCAGGGUUGAGAUGAAGUUUAACAAAGAUGUGAUUUUCACAAUAAAUUUCUUCUGACUUUGAGCCGUUUUGAGUUCUGAUUCUGGUUAUUGAUAUUUUCAUUCAUUCUUUGGUUCUCUUCCCUUCCAUACGUUCUGGAACCAUGGUUAAGGGCAAAAAGCUAUUGGCUUUUCCAAAACAAUUCUCCAAUGUUCCUGCCCCAUGUCGUCCAGAGAUGCUGCCUGACGCGCAGAGUUACGUUUGGAUAUGAUACGAUACGAUAUAACUUUAUUUAUCCCAGUAGGGAAAUUGAUCUGCCAACAGUCAUAAAACUAGUUACAUGAACCAUGAAAUUAAAGUGUCGUGUCGAAAGGAAGGGGAUGUGCAAAUAUUGGGGGGGGGGGGGGAGACUCAGUCUACCCUGUGACAGAAGGAGGAGGAAUUGUAUAGUUUGACAGCCACAGGAAAAACGGAUCUCCUGUGGCGUUCUGUACUGCAUCUUGGUGGAACCAGUCUGUUGCUGAAGGUACUCCUCAGGUUGAGUCCCAGUGCGUCACGGAAGGGGUGAGCUGUCUUAUCCAAGAUGCUCUGCAGUUUGAGCAGCACCCUCCCCUCCAAGACCACCUUCCAUGAAUCCAACUCCGCCCCCAGGAUGGAGCCAGCCUUCCUGAUGAGCUUGUUGGCAGAUCCUGUUGGCAUCUGCAGCUUUCACCCUGCUGUCCCAGCACACAACAGCGAAGAUGAUGGCACUGGCUACCAGCAGUUGGUAGAACAUCUGCAGCAUCUUACUGCAGACGUUGAAGGUGCUGACCCAUCCCAAAAAGUACAGCCAGCUCCGUCCCUUCUUGCACAGGACCUCAGCGUUCUUGGUUACUUUGACUAGGCCCAUCUACUAAGUCAAAAACCUGUCCCAACCCGGUCAUUCUUUCUCCCCACUCCCAUCAGUCAGAUGGUACAGAAGCUUGAAAGCGCACACACCACCAGACUCAGGAACAGCUUGGCAGGAACAGUUGGGGUGCAUCACAGCCUGGUUUAGGAACGGCCUCUGCCUAAGGCCACAAUAAUUUUUUUUUUAAACUUCACUUAAGUAUUUGCUGAUAUUUCCCUUCAAACAGGUUAUGUUUUUCUGUUUUCCUAUAAAAUCAAUAACCAACCCAAGGGAGCCUGGUCAAAUGAGGUGAAUAAAGACGGUGAAACUUCACAAGACUCAACCCAAAAAGCAGCUGAACACGAUUAGUUUAUAUUCUGUCUGUAAUCUUAAAAACUGUUGAUGGAAGCAAUGAGCGGCUCUGUAAACUGGUCUCCUGUUCUCUCUUGUGAAGGUGUUCCUCUACACCACAUUGUUCUCUACAUUAACACUAAUCAUCCAUUUCAUUAUAUGACAAUGGCGCUUGAGAAGCUUAUAGUUUUAAGGUUCUCAAUUUUGUAUUUUGUGAAAUUUAUUUCCUCAUUGCAUUGAAUAUAAAUGUAUGACUGUGAUCACUUUGUUCAUUUGAUGUUUUUUUUGCAUUGAAAUAAUUGUUAUAUCUUUUGGAUAAAAGAAAAAGUGAAUAAAAACAAAAGCAUUAUAUUAGUAUACCAUUUAAUAUCCAGCGUAUUUUCAUUCUUUUGAGAGAAAAAAAUGGCCUGCAUAGUUCCCGUUUCCAAGAUACAUAAGUUAUAGGAGCAG